CGGCCGUCUCGGAGUCGUCACCGAAGGACUUCAGUUGAUGUGUUUCUCUCGGCCUGCCUUGAUGCGCUUGCAGUUCAUCCCUAGACGUCUCAUAUGAUUUGCGCUUCUUGUAUCCAUUAUUCUGUAGAGAUCGUCUACCAUGCCCCAAGAGAGAAUUGAGAAAGGCAAGCGGGUGCGCGCUUGCAGCAUCUGUGGCCGAACCUUCAAACGAACCGAGCAUUGUAUCCGUCAUGAGCGUGCGCACUUCCAUGAGCGCCCAUUUUCUUGCAGGUUUUGCGACAAAUCAUACGGCCGGAAGGACUUACUCGUUCGACAUGAGCGCACACUGCACACCGAGCAAUGGACUAAUGCUCAGACAGCCGCUUCAGCGAGUUCGCAGAGUCGUCCGGCUCGUCGUCGCCAGAGCCGAAGCAGUUGGGCCCCUGCUACUCCUGUGGUACCGCCACCUAUACAGCACUAUAAACCCGAAUCACAGCAGGGCAUGCGUAUCAACAACGAAACAGUCAUUCAGUAUGAGAGCUUCCUCCCGUCUCCUCGCGUCUCAUCUUCAUCUGAGAUAAGCGAUCCGGAGCCAGUCAGCGGUGUUUCUGAGGGGUUUGAUUUUGAUCUCCCACUGGACCCCAACCUGCUGCACUCCAUGAAUAUGGUUUCUGGACCAGCCGGCGAACACAUGCCUCACCAUCUCCUGCCGGCGUAUUCAAUGGACCCGCACCAUUUGCCCUACGAGCCUCACAUGCAGCCACAGGAUCUGGAUCAAUUCAACUGUGAUCAUGGUUUUCCUCUUGACCCUAGUCUCACAAUGGACAUCCCAAAAGCGGAUUCUAUGCCAACCUUAUCUUUUGAUGCGGUACCUAUUAACCUGAACUUUUUUUCCCUCUUCCCUAAAUCCUCCCUUGAUAACCAUACAUCAUUUACCAACCAAGUCGGCGCACCAGACUCCUUAGUUGCUCAACCUCCAAGUGAUAUAUUUGUAUUGAAUCCGCCACCCCCCGAGCCUCGUCGACGCGGACGACCCUCUCGCAAUGCCAAGACCCGCAACGAGUCCCAAUCUCGAAAAGCUAUCACAGAGGAGACGCGAACGCUCUUACAAGCAGACCUUCAGCAGCGACUCGCUCGUAAUGCCGACGAUAUUGAGAUUCCCACCUUGCAGAGCCUACAACGAUUUAUGAAUCAAUUUUUCAAAUCAUUCAAUAACCACCUCCCCAUUUUCCACGUUCCCUCCUUCGAUAUUUCGGCAACCCCCAGCCCGUUACUUUUGGCAAUGUGCUCAAUUGGGGCCCUAUUUCACUUGGAGAGAGACAGCGCCUAUAGACUACGAGCGCUUGCAAAUGAAGCGCUGCAAAAUAUUGACACCGCCCCCAAUCGCUCGUUAUGGGAAGUUCAAUGUAAACUACUUCUUGUUGUCGGGGCAGCCUUUGGUGGAGACUGCUCUGCAGUAGCUUGGGCUCUUGAGAACGUAGGCUUCUUUCACCGAGAAUUCUCCUGUCGAAGGUCAAUGCUUUUAGCUACCCAAGAUACACCUCCUGGGAGUUGGGCCGAUUGGGUGGAACGUGAGUCGUCCAAGCGCCUACUCUUCGGCAUGUUCAUCGUUAGCAGCCUUUUGACGAUUUCGUAUAAUGUUUCACCCGCCAUAUCCACAACGGAUGAUUUGAAAAUUGAGAUGCCCGAGGAUGAGUAUGUUUGGGCGGCCGCUGACGAGGAGCGCUGGAAAGAAGCAAUGGCUACGACAGCGAAAACCGGCAUGGAUGUCAAUCAAGCCUUGACACAAUUACUUUUUGGGAAAGAUUUUAGUCCAGACUCAGAUGUCCAUUGGCCGGCUUUUGCUGUUACGAUUCUAAUGCAUGCUGUCAAUGUACAUAUGUGGCACGUGACGCAGUCCACGCAGUCGUUCAUGAACUUUUCUGUUGACACCAAAGCCGAGGAGCAGAUGAAGGCUCUAUGCACCAAUCAAACAGAGGAGUCGCUAGCAAGAUGUCAUAAAAUAUUGGAACAAAGAAACUUGCUGGAGGGUGGGAACCCAUGGGGAGGUGCUGAACGACCAUUGCUUUUUAAUGGAAUGGCUUUACUUCGGAGCUGCUACGUCCGCGCCUUUACCAGGAGCGGCACAUUCAACCGCUCCAUACUCUUUAGUGACAAUGAAGAAGAGAUAUUCAGAUCUGCAAAAUAUUAUGUGCAAACCCAACAGGUCCGAACGCCUUUCCUAACAAAGGCUGUUGCACAAGUCUUCGACGGCUUGUUAACGUCGAUACGAGAAGGACCUGAGUUUGUGAAGAAAACGGCUUCAUUUACAUAUAGUAUUGAACAUGCAAUUGCGGUAUGGGACUGCGCGCUAUUCUAUACGAAAUGGGUCCACACGGUGGAAAUGGAACGAGCAUUUGCCCCACCAGAUCAUGAAGAAAGGAAAAACCUUGAUAAUCUCGUAGAGAUACUACGGGAAGUUGACAAUGGAGUAAAAGAUCACUCAUCACUUGCUGCCAGCGUGGCUAGAUUAUGGGCUAGCUUUCUUGACGACACCUGGACAUGGGAGGUAACAUGGCGAAUGGGCAAAGUUCUUCGGAAAUUGGCAGAUGUAUACGAACACGAAAAGAACGUGCUUGACACUCGGGUCUAAUUCAGUUACCAAUUGAUCCUGAAAACCGAGUGUGAAAUAGAUCCCUCCGCGAUCUUUGGACUUUGACCAAAGAUAUGGAUUAUAUAACACGUCAAACUGACAGUAAGAUACGACUGAGACGACUUAAGGGCUACCCCUGCUUUAUUCUUGACUUAUUAAUUUGGGCUGUUUUGAUUAUGAAAACGUGGGAUUUGUUCUUCGGUUACUGAUUUAUAAUGUUUGUAUGUCCUAUUAUGUAUUUUACUAUGUUUUUGGCACGAUAAAGAUACCCGGGGAUAACUAUCAGGUUUGUAAUGCAACAAUUUUUGCAAGCGAUUAUAGUCGUGACGGACGGAUGAUUAUAAUAGACAAUAGCCGGUUCCUUAUACGUGGUAAGACAUGCGAAUACAAUCUUUAAUAUAUGAG